ACGCGGCAUGAUAGUGCGCGUUUUACUCGUUCACGUUCGACUGUGACUCAGCAAGCAACCAACUAACAAGUUAAGUGCGUAGCAGCAGGCUAACAUAGUCAUUGGAAGCUUAGCUGGCGUCGUGGUUCGUUCGGUCUUCACGACGACGUACAGUUGAAACCUCUAUCUCUAGCCUACCUACAGGCAAAACUAAGUUGGUUAGUGCUGUCUGUAUACGGGGUGCUUUAUAAACAGCCCACGUAAAGCUUCUUUCAUGGUUUCAGUGUUCAAGGUGACGGAGUUCAAGUAGAUCCACUGUACUUCUUUAGCUUGUACUGAACGUCGAGCUUCGUUCCAGUCAAAUCUUGGGUUCUCAUUCAAGCUGGGAUUAAUACACUGAAAGGUCAAAGGUCACAACUCAGUAUGCCUGUUGCUGCCUCAGCUGGUCAGAAUGAUUCAAAUGUAACCAGGUACCACCCAUUACUACCUAAACCUGGUCAUCAUGGGAAUUUGAGCCCCACUUUAUUGUCCCCAGGAUCAAAUCACAUUUUCUCAGGGGAUCCUCAAGCUUGUCUUCAGGAAAUUCGCCAGCUAGCUUCUCCCACAAACCUAAUUCAUCAAGGAGCUGAUAAUACUCUAACAGCUUCCAGUCAUCCACCCUCGCACCUGUUUGGUCGUCAUACUCCAACUGGGCUUUUUCCUGUGCAACCAGUAAUGGAACAGCAUUCAUUUCCCCCACCUCAUCGUAGCUCCUCUAGUGGCUAUGAUCUUAGAGAAGUUCCUCAACGGAGAUCACAUCAAGAUCAUGUUACUCAGCCACAUUUUCCCAUGUAUUACUCAGGCCACAGGGGAACAGAUGAUUCCACCAGAAAGAGUGAAAGCCCCUCAAGAAAACGUCGGCGAGUAUCCCAUGGUGUAGCUGACGUAGCUUCAAACUCAGCAUCGCCCUCUUUACUAAAUAAUCACUGGGAGCAUGCAUCGACAAGUGAUAGAGUGAGAAGACACAGUUUCACUCAGCGUCAUCUUACUCUUCCCGAGUGUUGCAACACUCCAAGGUGCCGACACAGCCCUAACACACGAAAGAGUAGGUUUCGAGAAAGACCUACUAACAGUUUCAACAAUCAUUCAGCUGAACAUAGGCCAUUUCAAUCUCCAGCUGCUUCAUCACAGUCUGGACAACCACUACACGGGCAACACCAUCAUCCACAGGUGGGACUCCUUCCCCAUCCAGGUCUCCCCCCAUCAGGUUCACCACCACAGGGACAGCAACCACACCAAAAUUAUAUGUUUGAUAUAUCUCAGGGUCAGGGUUCAAUGGCUGCAGGAUUUUCUACUCAAGUACCAGUCUGUAAUAGAAAUUCAAAUGGGAACAGUCAUAUUCAACUAUUUUCUCCACCUUUUUUCCCUGGAGGAAAUACAGGCCAUCCGGCUCCACCUAUUUCCACCAGCCAUCACCAAAUGGAUCCAACAGGGUUUUCUUGUAACUGUUUUAAUCAAGGUCACCAAUUAAUGCAUGCCACCCAUCCACCUCCUCCUCCUCAGUCUACAGUGCAGCAGUAUCAUCACCCUCUGUUCCUCCAUUCUCCUACUGCCCAUUCCGCUCCUUGCAUACAACCACAAGCCAACCCUAUGCCAUCACCUGUUAGCCAACGUCAACAGUACCAAGGAUCUCAAGCCAUGCCUCAGGUUCAAGACAGUGAGUUAGAUUUAGUGAUGGAACCUCGUCUUUCGCCUUACCCAAGUCUCUCUCCACCAUUAGGACACCAUGGAUCUUCUCUCACUGCAUCUCCACCUCUAACCCACCUCCUGCAGGACCAGGCACAGGGUUACCAGCCUCAACCUGACUUUCUCUGUUUGGGAUCGUAUUCGCAUGGUCGGAGGUUAAAUCAGAACCGACGUGCCAACAACAGAAGAUGGCGAAGUGCUGUAAUCGCUGCACCACCGUCACCUCAUUCAGGCUUUAUUCUUCAUUUCCUAGCAAUGCUUUCCAAUCCUUUAGUGCCAGCUUUUGCCCCAGAUAUCACAAAUCCUGAAUCUCCGGAAGCAGAAAAUUAUGAGGCCUUGCUCAAUUUGGCUGAAAGGUUAGGUGAAGCUAAGCCUAAAGGCCUUCCUAAAUGUGAAAUUGAACAGCUUCCUUCGUAUCGUUUUGAUUCUGACAAACACGAGACUGAUCAAACUUCCUGUGUUGUCUGUAUGUGUGAUUUUGAGGCAAGACAGAUCCUCCGUGUCUUACCCUGCAGUCACGAGUUCCAUGCUCGUUGUGUCGACAAGUGGCUGAAGUCAAAUCGAACAUGUCCAAUUUGCCGUGGUGAUGCUGCUCUUUCCAGCCAACAAACUGAGUGAACUCUUAAUAUUUGGAGGAGGUGACACCUAAGUAUUUUCUAACUGGGAUGUUUUACCUCGCUAGAAUGUUUUCAUGGCUUUGGAAAAGUGGACUUCCUACCAUCUGUGCCAUCUGGUGGUUACUAGCAGAAAAAGCACAAAAAUAAUUUCAUAUCAUGUUAUAAUUAGUAAUACCUGUAACUAGUAGGUUCUGAUAAAUAGUUAGCCAUAUUAUGUACAUGUGAAAGUUUUUUAUAUUGUCUCAUGUGAAUUCAGGAAAUUCAAUAUGGAUAAUAUUGAUUAAUGCUCCAUUUAAAUCCUGCCUGUCCAUUGUGUUUGUACAUUAAUGUAAGAUGGACUUUUUCAACAGGAUUCUGUGUGAUGUCAUUGUGGAUUGUUAAGUGUAUCCUUGUAAGCAGCUUGGCUGGGAUUUACCUUACAAUACAAAACGUUUUGUUUAGAGUGCCUCUUGAUGAACAGCAGCUGUUAGUUAUUUACCUUUAGUGUUAUCAUUUCAUGUGCAAUGUCGAGUGCCUGAGAACAAACUGAAAUAACAGUGUGUGAAUUCCAUAAAAGCAAAAAGUACAGUACUGAAAUUUCCUCAUGGUUUGAUUUAGGUUAUCUUUUAUCUGUUUAAGAUAAAAGAAAAAAAAGUUUUAUUUCCAUAGUAAAUGUUGCUAAUUUAACUUGUAACAAAAUUGUCCUCCCAAAUGGCUCGUUGAUAAGUCUCGGGGCUUAUAAUGCUAAAAAUUGGUUUUUAAUACCUGUGGUGGGCAGAGCACAGAUAGCCCAUUGGGAAGCUUUGUGCUUAACAACAAACAAACAAACAAAAAGUUAUUUUAUUGUCUGGAAGAUGUUUAGUGUAUUGAAAUUACUAGUUUUCAUUAAACUUUGAUGGGCUUUAUUUUUCUUCUUUGUUUUGUAGAAAUGAGUUUUCAUAUUAUAAUUCAUAUAUAGUUCUCAUCAAAUGCAUGGAUUAGGGAACAUACCAAAAUUUACUGGCAUUUGUAGACAUUAAUCUUUUAUAGGAUUGAAGCCAUUAUGGAUAUAAUCUUUUUAUUAGUUUUAUUUUUCCUUUAUCUGAAAUUAAUAUAUAAUUAAUCAUUAGUCACUAUACAUGCUUAAAAUAAUAUCUUAAUAGUGUAUUAACUACUAUAUUAGAUCAACAAAAUCUUGAUAUAAAGGUUCAACUUACUUCAUAUAUUUGUUACUGUCUGGUACCUAGAGGGAUAUAUGAGCAAUAUUUAAAAAGCUUACCAAACUUUAGAGGAUUUACUAUUGGAAUUGGUUGUGUACAGAAGCAUGGUGAAAUUGUCUUACAUUUGGCUUAACAUUAAGGCUUCUUGUGCAAUUUGGUAUAUACAGGCCCAUACACAGAAUGUUUGAAAGGGGAGGCUCUAAUUUGUGAGAUCAAAAGCCAACACAUAUUGUACAAAGCACAAUCAGCAUGCUAUUGCUAUGGUGGUCUGGGGGCAUAUGUCUAUUCAAGCCCAAAAAGCUUCAUCAGAAGAAUGUAGACUAUGUAGAAAAACUUAAAGAGCAUAAGCAGCUGCACUAUAACUAUAUAAGCAUAAUUUUUUUUUACAUCACAAAAAUAGGGGCUUUGGCUGAACCCCCUCCUGUAUAUAUAUAUUUUUUUUUGCUUAAAAUAAAGACUUGGGACUUAAAAGAAACUUGAUUCUGUUUUGAAGAUGUGACUAACUCUGUCUAUCUGCGUUUUUGUUGUUGUUAAGGGUCUUGUAACAUCUUUGUUGCUGUAUCAGUUGUCAUUUUCACCACAAAGAAAUACAAGUUUGAAACCUGUUAGAUAUUACUGAUUCUAAUGUAAGUUUAAGGGGAGAUGAAUUCAGAUUGAAGAAACAAUUUUAAGUUUUGUUACGGAGUUGUAUAUUUCGUUUGAACAGCAAAAAAACAUCCAAAAGUGGGUAUUGUACUCUUCCACUGAUUUAUCUUCAUGAUUGAUUGAUAAUUUGUUUUUGUUUCGUUGGAAGAUACUGAGUAGUGCCCCUGUUAGUAGUUAUUUUGGAAUUCACUUAGAAUAAUGCCUCAUGCUUUUAGUAUAGUUCAAUUGUUAUUAUAACUGUUAGACUUCAUUAUGAAGUUGCACAACUACACUUAUUUCUGAUAAAUUGGUGAUAAAUUAAACUUUAUUUUGAAAAAUGUCCCCCUGUUAUAAUACAAUUAAACACCAUUCUGAGGAAUGUCACUUGAUUUUUUGCACAGUUACACUUUUGUAUUGAACGUUACUUAGUGAUAAAUGCCACUGUUGUGAUGCAGGUUUCAUUCUGAGGAAUGUCACUGUUAUGACACUGGUUUCAUUCUGAGGAAUGUCACUGUUAUGACACUGGUUUCAUUCUGAGGAAUGUCAAUAGGUACACUUUUUUGUAACACAUAUUAUGUAGUUGGUGAUACAGUGAAACUGUGAAUUAUGAUUCAGUUAGACUUCAUUAGUAUAGUCAUUGUAGGCUUAAUCCUGGAUAAAAUUGUUACCAAGGUGUUUUUAGUGCUAUUGGAACAAGAGUUUGAAUCUCUAAUAUCCCAAAUCCAUUUUGUUGGGAAUUUAUAUAUGUAAAUUCACUAAAUAACCAAUUCCACAUGAGAUCUUCAGGAUUUGGUGUGGAAUCCAAAAGUGAAGUGUGAAGGUAACAUCCAAUGGUGGUGGUACUUAGCAUACUUAUAGACUAUCAUAACUUCUUUCUAAAAAUUUGGUCAAUUACUAAUCGCUUGAACCUCCUUGAUGGUGUUAUUUUGGUGACUUGAGCAAACUUUGCUCAUUUGGUGUACUUAGUUUAAUUAAACAUGAUUUUUAUUUUGUGUACUGUUUGUUUGCAAUGUUUUGCUGUUGGGUAGCUACCACCAAAAUAUGUAUUUGAUGUAAUGCUAUUUUUUAUCUUUAUUAAUUAAAUACUUAAAAUACAGCUAGCCAUUGCAUAACCCUCUUCACAACAUGUGAAUUAAAUUAAAUGCAAUUAAAUAACAGGUUUUAAAAUGAACAAAAGAACGUUAUAAUUUUUAAUUCUGGUUUUUACUGUCUGGUUCUUUAUGAGAAAGUUUCUCUGGUUUCAUUAUGCUUUGAAAUGAACCAUGGCCAUCUCUUAAUGCCAAAAAAGGAAAAUGCAUCUGGCAGGUUAACUAGUUUUUAAAAUGAAUCUAACAAGCCUCUGAAUUUGCACAAGACCAGCCUUCUUAUGGGUUAUUUCAGCCAACAAAACCAGACUAUGAAAAGUCAGGACCAGCCCUCUGGCACUUAAAAGUUGUUCUUCUUGAUUGCUGCAGAGCUAUGAAGAAGAAAAAGGCUUUCCCACUACUUACAGCAUUUCCUUUCUACAAGUUCUUUUUAUUCUGUAACCCCAAAACUUGACCAAAAUUAUUUUUUCUACAAAUUUCUAAACAUGCAACCUAUUUUGGCAGUUUCAUCAUAAUUCAUGACUUAUCAAGCUGAAAAUUUUGUAUUUAGUGUUUUUGAGAAAAAUGUGAAAAAAACCCAACUCAAUUAGCAUAUAAAAAAAUCUCCCCAAAGGUGAUUUUUGCAAAUCUUGGAUAUGUUAUUGAACAAAAAAUUCCAGUUCUAACAAUACCAGAUACAACUUGGUAUCAGUUUUUUUCAGAUAGGUACUAUUUUAGAGAUUCGGUGACAUACUACAUUCUGAGAAUUGUCAUUUGGUUUUGGCACAGUUACACUUUUUUUCUGAGGAUUGUUACUUAGUUGGUGCUAAAAUAAAACUUGAUUCUGAGAAAAGAAAUCUAAUAAUAUAAUAAUGAUAAAUUAAGUUUGGAUUAAAGAAAGCCAAAAUAUACUUUUUUUAAUUUUAACUUACUGUUAAUCAUAAUUAUUUUAGUACAACUAAAUGUUUUGUUUUUGAAGUUCACAAAAUAUAUUGCUUAGCUCCUUAAUGUUAAAUUAGGAAUUUCUUAGAAAUAAAUGAUGCCAAUCACAGUACUCUGUGUGUUUCCCAUUCGUUAGUGCAUGAAAUGUUCAUGUUUAAUUGGAAUUUGUCUAAGCAUAGUUAAGAGAUAGAAAUUGUCAGUAUAAGUAGUUCAGGCAUUGUUUUAUUUUUGUUGGGGUAUGCUCUAUAUGAUUUUGUUGACUUACUUUAGGAAUACUUUUAACAAAUGAUAAAAUGGUAGGCUACUCUGGAAUGGGAUAUUUUCAAAUCUGUUUAAAACAUGUUUUUUGGAAUUUACUAAAUUAGAAACAAUUCUUUAAUGAUCUCUUCGUCAUUCCUACUCAGUUGAUUUUUGUGUGGUAGUUGGAAUAAACAUUGCAAAAUAUUUUUAUACAAAUCUAUUUGGAAAUUUGUGCAAAACAAAGCUAUUUCAGCUUUUUUUAACACCCAGCCAGUGAGACCAAAUUUGGGGGAGUGGGUGGGCUACAGAGGGCUGUCAUGGUUUUCAGUAUUUGAAUUAGAAUAAAAAAAUUUGCUCCAAUAAAGGGGCUUUGAUUUGUUAACCUAAAACAAUUGCACUUCCAAACGAACUCGCCUCUCAAUAGCAAUCAGUUUUGAAGAUGCAGGUUGUAAAGGGUUGGAAAGUCUGUGUUCCUCCUACACAAAAUAGUAGAAAUGUCCAUCAUGUUCAGGCAAGUACCACACUUAAUCACUUUACAGCUGCAAGUAACAUUUGUUGAACCUUUCUUGGCCAUGUCUGCCCAUAAAAUCUGUAAAAACCGCAGAGAAACUUGUAGAGCUGAGGAAUCGUAUCUCGUAUUGCCUACCAUAUGUGAUCACUUCCAUGUUUUUCAUGAGAUUUUGGAUUAUGGUAUAGCUUUUACUCCCUAAUACCCUGAAAUUUGGCCACUCUGUUGGACAAUUCAGAUUCCAGAUAUUGCAAGAAGUUGAAAUUUCUAUUCUGUAUUAAAAAAAAGAGAGUACCAGUAAACUUCACUUGGGAAUCAACCAACCAAACAUGUCUCCCUGAUUUGCAGGUUGGGUGUUAACUGAAGCACUUAAGAGUAGUGGUAUUGUUUAAUUCUGAUGAUUCAAUCCAGGCUUUAGUUAAACAGCUAUCAAACUGUUUUUGAGCAAUUGCUUCUCAUAAUCAACUCAAUUCAUUAUGGUGAAAGUUUUCAAUGAUGACGGGAAUAUUGCAUUCUAAGACAUGUAAUACUUGAUGAGUUCCGAACAUUCCUAGUAGUAUCGAAGUAACUGAUGUUUGGUAUACCAAGAAAACCAGUAGUAACAGUGUUACCUUAUUUAGGACAACUAACAGUAUACCAAAAAGAAGUUAGCUUGUGACAUUGGACAGAGUUUAUCCACAGUUAAAAUUAAUUUUGUUUUAGGUCUAUAAUUAUGAUGUGUCUUUUUUUCUUUUCAGAGAUGUAAUACUUAAAAAUAAGUAGUAGUUUGUUAUCUAUAAAUUUGCAUGCACUUCUUAUGAGGAGGCUCAACUACUAGGUAUAAAAAAAAUAAAGCUUAUUCCAGGGAAAAUUCAGAAAUCAUCAAGUAUUGCAUAACAUGAUGAUGAAUUUGAAAUACUGUGAUGGUUGUUAAUGACACAUGGAUUGAAUCAAAUGUAUUCAGCAAAACCAACCUUCAUAAGCUUUAAUUAACUUUUAUUUUUUUAAUGUAUUUUAAUUUUAAAACUACCUCAAUUUGAAGGCUCUUCAAUAGUUACAUUUAAAAGCAGAAGUGUUAAGAACACUAAGAGAACUCGGAACACGUGAAAGGUAAGGUUUUUCAAAUAUUUUAAGGAAUUAAACACUUCUAUGAUUCUAAAUAAUUUCUUUGAAUAAUUUACAGCUAGUGAUAUUACUAUACAAGACAUACAUACAAUAUACUUAUGAGGUUGCCAUACUUUGAAUAAUUUUGAAAUUGAAUAUGUGAGCUCUAAGACCUCACAUUCUGUGCUUUUAAACACAACUUCAGUGUUUGAUAAUAAUCAGUAGAAUGACGGUAAUAGCAAACGUUUGACACUUUAUUUUCAGCAAUGUACGUUUAUUUGUCGGACAUGUUGGAAUAUUCACAUUCCAUCUUCAGCAACUGUAUUAAUUAAUCGAUAGUAUUAAAUACACAUAUUCAUUCAGUUGGAACAUUUAUAGUAGCAUAAGGCAAAAGAAAAAACAAACAAAAACAACAACAACCAGCAAGAUUUAAACAGGAAAUAAAAAAAUUUUAACUAUUAUAUUACGAAACUAGUGUGGUAAAGAAGGGGAGGUAUAGAAAUAACACUGUAUAGUUGACAAUGUGCUAAAGAUAUUUAUAAUAGGCUUAUCUGUAAAGAAGUUGUGUUAUUGUUUAGAGUGGGGCAUUUGUUUAAAAUAGACAAGCUUUUUUUGAUGAGAACUUCAGUGUUACUAUGAAUGUUGGUUAAUGUUUUCUCACAUCCAGUAGAGCAGUGUUUCUUAACCUUUUCAAUACCAGGGACUGACUCAUUGCCUCCUUAACUGUAACCAUCCACUAAAGUACCAGUACAAUGAAAAACCAUUACAAUUUACAUAUGAAUGGUCUGUAUUUUCAUUUGUUUGUGUGAAAUUCCAUGGAGCAGUAAGGUAGUUGCAAUGGACCAGUGCCAAUUUGUGAACCGGUGAUUGAGAAAUGCUGCAAUAGAGGAGGUUUGGAAUUUUUGCACCAAGUAUUCGUACUGUAUCUUGUUCAGCUCAUAACGUAAAAAACACUAACAUUCACUUACAUAAUCAUUUCUGUGAACUAUUAUUGUAAUAAAACUAACAGUACUUUAAAAUUUUAAUGACUAAUGCAGUUGUUAAUACUGUGAACACUUGAUUUCUUCUAUGGGGGGGGGGUGUAAACGAAAUGUAGAAGAGUAUUUCAAUCUACCAGUCAGUAUGUAAAAACUUAGUAACUUUAGUGUUAGGCCUAGGAUAUGAAUUAACAGAAUAUUACAAUGAGGCAUUGCCCAAUAUAGGAUUUCCUUGUUAAUUUCCCUUCUCAUGACUUAAUAUUUCUGCAUAAGGAAACAUAAGUGCAUUCCAACAGAGAACACUCAGCAUGCCAGAAUGCAUGCAGAAAGGAAGUUUACAAUAGAAAUAGGGUAGAGAGAAAAUUAGUUUAUUUAGGCCAAAAUAUGUAGAUGUGUAUUUCAUCAAUAUAUAUAACACACACACACACACACACACACACACACACACACACACACACACACAUAUACAUACAUACAUACAUACAUACAUACAAGCUGAAUGCCAGUCAUUUUCAGGGUCUUCUGUUUGGAUUGUCUUCCUGUUUUGGCUUUGUUAGCCUGCUGAGCUGAAGAAGCAAGCUUUAAUUUGGGCAUUUUCAAAAUUGAACUGUGCUGUGGGUAAAACGUGAGUUAUUAUAGAAUUAUAGCCAAGGGUUCUGUUUGGACAAAAUUUUGUGAUGUUGCGUCAGUGUGUCUCCUUGACAACCAAACAAACAUAAUGGGGAAUUUCAACUAACGAUUAUGAUUUUUGUGCACCAGCAAUACCAAGCGUGGGGAGCACGCAUACUUAAUUCAAUUUUAUUACUAAUCACGAUCUCUACGAACCUACCCUGAACUCUAAUUAUAUGCCCAUAGUAGUGCAUUGUCUGUUUAUGGUUUGUGCAAGUUGCAUGUCGAUCAGUGCUGCAAUGGUCAAGAUAUCAGUAUGAUUAUCAUAUUGUAAUCAGAAAAUGCCCAUUUUAUGUACACUUUAAAAAAGACUUUUAUUGUUCUUAACCUUAUUUGAAGUUUUUGUUACUUAUUAUGUGAUGGUUACAGCAGAUUUUACCCUCUAAAAUGCAUGUAUUGUUUCUAAAAUUUUUAAGAAAUAUAUUGUGAUAUUUAAUUAUGAUUGGUGUCCUUCAGUACCUGUUUAUGUAAAGAAAAUAUUAUGUCAGCUUCAUUAAUUUUUAUGUCCCUACUCGUGUGUUAAAGGUCAAAGUUAAAAGGUCACUUGUACAUAGAAAAUGUUCCCUAACCGUGUCAACAUGAUAUUUCAAUACACGUAUCAACAAAAUUUACAUAAUUGGUACUACAUACAAAUUUCUAGACCUGGUUAACUUUGGAAGGUGAUCAGUCAAUUAAAUUGAAGGAACUUAAACAUAAGUGACUUUAAUGGGGCAUUGGUGUUUCAUAAACACAAGUUGCUUUUUUUUUGCAUGUGGAUGACUGAAAGAAACUGAAACCUAGACACUGUGAAAUUUAAAGAAUCUGUUUCAAUUAAAUUGAAACUCAUGUUUUAACUAUAAUUUAUAUACACUGGGUGAUCAUACCCCUUACUUUGCAAACAAUUACUGUAAUCGAGGCAGCCAACUAUGGGUGAUGGAAGCCAAAAGUCUAUUUCAUGGUAUUUUUUUUCUCUCACUCUUGGGCAAAAUUCUUAAAACAAAAUAAUUUAUGUAUAUCAUCAGACAGUUUCUAGUUACCAUACAAAAGGUGACAGUAAUCAAUCCAACCAACUCUGGGUGAUGUAAGCUAAGUGACUAUAGAAAAGUGGAAGUGUGCUGUAGUUUUAUCCUACAUGUCACUUUCAGGGAAGUUCCAAAAAAUUACUAUUUCUGUGUUCGGUUCUGAGUCUUGAAAGAAGUCUGAUGCGUUGACUGGAAUAUUCCCCAUUAAAAACAUGAAUUAGCAAAUUAUUUUAAUGUUUUUCCAAAUGUAGCAUUAAGGCUUUAGUGACUUCUAUGCUACGUUGAUUUGAAUUUGUUAUCAAUUAAGUAGAUGUAGAAAGCUUGUUUUAUAUUUCGUUUUCUCAUGUAUGGUUCAUAACCUGUUAUUUUAGUAGGAUUUAGUAUUUACUUAUACAAAACAAUGUUACUAAUUAAUAGGUGUAUUUAGGCUACUAACCAUGAUAACAAUUGAUAUCUGAUCAUCACACCAUAUGUGCGUUACUUGUGCAUCAUACUUGAAUAAUUGACUACUAGUAGCACGACUUUGGCAAAUUUAUUUAUGUGGUAUUUUGUUACUUAAUUCAGUUUUAAAAAUUUUUUUGGUGUGCACUGAAAAUAAAAGUCAAACUGGGGUAUGUGUUUAAGUUGUUAAAAUUCUUCAAUGUACAAAUACAACAAGAAAUCAAUAAAUGCAAUAGUCUAAGGAAAUGCUCUCUAAUUACCUCUUUAGGUUUUCUUUUAAUUUCAGUUGUUAAGUCAUAAUUAUAUGUAAAUGUAGUUCUUUUUAAUAUUAAUAUAAAAUUUUGUUAAGUUGAACCAAGAAAAAAGGAAUCUUUGAUUGUUAAUUUGAUAUAGGGUAUUCUGUUUGUCAGUUCAUUUGAAAGAUAUUAUUGAUUAUUUUUGUAAUCUCAGAUAUUUCAGCAUGAUGAAUAGAUACAAAUGACCUGGAUACUUAUUCGUGACCCUUAAAUAACUUUUAACUGUUUCAAAUAAUAUGACAUGAAAAACCUUUUCCAAGUUGGGGAAGUUAAGUUAAAUUUGUACUUUGUUUUGUAAGGCACAAAAGGCCACUGCUUUCGAUCUCCAGUUUUAAGUGGCAUAAGCAGAUGAGAAUGGUAAUACAUUACUCAUGGAUGGGAUAUCCACUGCAAGUUAAUCCACAGCUAAUAGCUAGUACCCUUAAUAUAGCUGGUUAGACUGAAACAAUUAAGUAAAGUGCCUUGCUCAAGGACACAACAGUAUAACAAGGGCCGGCCUUGAACUCUUACUAUCCAACUGUGAAUCCAAAGCCACUAAACCAUGCUGUGUCAAGCUGGCAAAGCAUGAAUAUUAUUAAUUUGUAUGUAUCAUAAGAUGUUGGUAUUAGGCCUAUUAUAUUUUUAAUAGUACAUUCUUUAUCUAGUCCCUUAGAGAAUUUCAAGAUGAAGAAUAUAAUUUUAAGAAAUAUAAUAGGCCUAAUACUAAUGUUUCAAAUAUUUUCAAAAUCUUAGCAGAUAUUUCACUUAGGCUUACAAGGAUUUUUUUUUUACCUUCUAAUGAUAACACUUGAAUAAUAACAAGGAAGAAGUAAACACUUUCUAGACUUUUAUCACUUAAUCCUGGGGCUAAGAGUGGUGUAGUGGUUCUCAUUUUUGAAAAAAUAUGAAUCCAAGAGUUAAUUGUUCAUGACCUGUUACUACAAAAAUUAUACUCUGCUGUUCCCACCACUUGAUCAGACAAGAGUAGUCCAAGAGAUAGUGGUGUAUGUUGUUGACUAGCAGUUUUCUGUCUAAUAUGUCAGUUUAAUAUUCAGGGAUGGCUAUGUACAGAUAGCUGUUGUGUGAAUAACUGAGAAUAUAAAAACUCUCAGACAAAACAUAUUCUUAAUAUGCACAAAAAGUACCAAAAUUGACAAUGAUUGUCAGUAAUUAUCAGGCAUGAUACACCAUACAAUUGUAUCAGUAUUUGUGUCUUGCAAGUAUUUGUCAGCCAUGUUCUCUUACUUACAUGUCAGGUCUAUAUACUAAAAAUUUUUGAUAGAUAGAAAAAUAUAUAUUUAUUAACAAAAAUGAACAUUUAUGAAAAUUUCUAGCAUAGUUACAUACAUAUACAAUAUAAUUCUAGUUUAAACCUGUUAUGUGCAAAUUUAAAACAUAGGAACCUGAAAGAAGGUAAUACUCUUUAAAGCAGUGAAUAAUUUUAGUUUUAAAAUUUCUUUUAUGAAGUUAGGACCAUACAAGGGUGUUAUAUCCCUAGUUUUAACCACUUAUAAUCAUACUAAAUGGGGAUUUCAUCAUAAUAGUUUUACUCUUGUAAUCCCCCCCCCCCCCACAUCAGAGCUUUCGUAAAGUCUGCUUAUUAAUAAUAAUUCAAAUGAUAAUGUUGAAAAGGAUUUUUAAGAAUAGAACUGUUGCCCGAAAAACAAAAUUAUGUGCUAAUGGUCAAUUUAAUUUGCCAACAUUUUGUAAUAUCUAAGAGGGUUAAUUUUUAAGAUAUAGAAGUUGUUGACUCCCUCAGCUUGCUUUAGUAAAUAUUUUUUGUGUAAGGGAUAAAAGAUGUAGUUAAGGUUUACGUUUAUUUUAUGUUGUAAAGUUUGGAUAUAUUUGGAAACAAAUUAAUCAACUGUGUUAUAUUAACAUGCAAUAUUUUCCUAAGAUUAAUCCCAGCCAAGCUCAGCCCACCAGUGUAUGAUAUGUUCAUGUCAUAUGAAAUGUUGGUAUUAUAUAUACGUGCAGUGCUUUGUUGCACUCAUGUUAAGUUUUAUUGCGUAGUCUAUCAUUUGAUUAUUGAAGAAUUAGUGUUAAAUGAUAGGGUUGAUUACAUCUGAGUAAAACAUAGAGGUUAUGUUCUAUUAUUGUGGGUAGAGGUUUGUUAUUGGAUAUUUUCUCCAUAAAUAUUCCCGUAUAUUUUGUUGUUGCUGUUAUUUUUCAGUUCAAGAAUUUGUGCACCUGUUUUGCAUAUGUGUUUGUGUGUCACAGAAAUGGAGAAAAUGUAGAAUGGUUAUUUUGAUCAGUAUGAGAAGUGAUUAAAAAAACAGGAGCACUCAAUAAAUGUGAAAGUUCAUAACCUGCUUCAUGAGCCAAGGAUAGAUAUAUGUAUUUGUUGUGUUAUUGUAAUCAUCAAAUACAAUAUGCGUUAAUGUCAAAUAAUUCCUAAAAGGUGAUCAGUUUUCUUGUUGUUCUUUUAUGUUCAGUGAAGUUAACAAGUGGUACAAAUUCCAGCCUGACAGUUGUUUCUUGAUAUACAAAACUACAGCUUUUGUCUUGACAAACAAGGAGAUAAUGAUUAUGCACAAAUAUUGUUAGCAUCUUAUUUUUUAAGUCUCCUACUGGUAUACACAAAAAUAACCACAUCACUCACUUAUGCAUGGUAGUUUUAUUAUCCUUCUUGUAAAUUGAAAUAGAAAUGAUAAACAUUGAAUACAGUAUUGUAUCAUGUUUGUAGAGUUCAUAAAAUUAAGAAUACAUAUCAAACUGCUUUACAGCUGUCAGUUAAGAUGUAUUAAAAGCUGAUCCUUCUGAAUAUGGUUUGUCUGUCACCUGAUACAAACAGUUCUGACACAUUUUAAUGUAGGUUACAAGUCUAGAUUUUUUCUACUGCUUAAUGUUAAUGUUUUGAUAAGUUAUUAAGUCUUGUUUUGUCAAAUAUAGUUAUGCUCAGUCCAAAUAUAUUACUAGCUACUAAAGAAAAUACAUCUUAUGAACUUGCAAUAGGAUGAUAGUUUGCAGCAAUAAAUGUGAGAAGAGAUUACAGCAACGUUUACACCUAAAAUAGAAGAAGUGAUUACUUCAGUUUCAUUUUCAGAAGUUCAAACUGAUGGAACUGUUAUUGGUUGUGUUCAGGUAAUAUAAUACUGUACUGAAAUUUUUGUUAUUAAAAAGUUUCAUGUCCUUCUAUGACAGUGAGAAUGUGCAAAUCAGUCAAGAUAUUUUUUUUCAGUCUUUAAUGUAAUCAUUUAUUUAUAUUGAUAGUAGUGGUAAUAAUAAUGAUUUUUUGUGUUCUGUUUCAUUUUGAUUUUUUUUCAUGGAAAAUUCGUUAAAAGACAAAAACAGUAAAUGUCUGAUACGUAAUUCCCUCAGCAGACUUUUCGUUGGAAUAAAUGUGUCCACAGACUGUUUCAUUUUUUAACAUCAUGCUUCAACAUUCUUUUUGUGUUUAUAGGUUAAAUUUUCAUGAAUCUUUUAACUCAACAAUAGCUUGCAUUAUGUUUUUAAAACUUUUUCAAGUUGUUAUGAUAAUAUUAAAUUAUAAUUUUCUAUCCAUUUAAAUAUGGACUGGAAAGAUUAAGCAUCCUUAUAACCUUGUCAUAUGAUAUUAAUGUGGAAUAGAAGGUUUAAUCUUGCUUAUAACCUUGUCGUAUAGUAUUAAUGUGGAUUGGAAAGAUUAAACUUGCUUAUAACCUUGUCAUAUAAUAAUGUCAAUUGGAAGGAUUAAGCUUGCUUAUAACCUUGUCAUAUAAUAUUAAUGUCAGCUGGAAGGAUUAAGCUUAUUUAUAACCUUAUCAUAUAAAUUGUAAUAAGGCAGCAAUUUUAAUUAAUAUUAAAAAUGGGACAUGCAGUUGUAAUAACUGCUUAGGGUAUGUAAUAAAAACUUCCAAUUUUUGUAGAAAAAAAAAGAGAAAAAAAAAGGAGGCCAUACCAGCAAUAUUCUCUAUUGCUGUGAUUUUCUAUUUGUGUUGUUGUUUUGCUAUAUGCAAGAAGGUAACUCAAUUUUUUUUAAAUUCACUGAAGUAGAUUUCUUAGUACAUAAAUAAAGUUGGUAGAUAUUUUCAUAGAAAACAUACAAAUCAGUAGCAUAUUUUGAACUGAUGACUCAAACGAAUCUGUGGAGAGAAGUGUGUAAUCAGAAGAGAUGUGUUCUUUCAGGCAAAAAAUAAUUUUUAAUUACCUUUUUUAACGUGCACGUUCCGCAAAUAAAACUUAAAAAAAUAAAAAUCAACACAAUAAGAUAGUCUUUUGAAUCUCACAUUUUAUUGCACUUAAUAAAUGUAUAUCAUUUUGAUUCUCAGUUCAAGAUAUGUUUUUAAGAGAUAAAUAUUUUAUUUGAUUACUUUCAAUUGAAAAACCAUUUUGAAUUGACAUCCUAUUUAAUAUGGGUGUUAUUACACAAUAUUAAAUAUGAAAUAAUGGGUAUACACCACUUUGGGAUAUUAAAACUUUUAUAGGAGCUAGCUUUUAUAGCUUGAAGAGAAUCCAAAGCUACCUCCUAUACUCAUAUUUUUUACUUUUGUGAAAGAUUAUCUGGUAUGAAACCUAAUAGUUUCAUGCAAAAUUGUAAAGAAUGCUCCAAAUUCAUUCUGACUUUUCAAUUAGAAAACAAUAUUUUUCAAUAAUAUAACUUUGGUGAUUUUCUUUAAUUUGUGUUCUAUUACCAUUAUUUAAAUAAUAAGAUUCAUAUUUUUGUGGAUAAUUCUCCUUUACAGAAAUGUUUUAUUUUAAAUAUAAUUUCAGAUUUAGGACCAUGUUGCUUCCAGUUAUGUAGGAAGGAAAACUGAUCAAUAGGUUCACAUUUAAUACUGUAAAACUGUCUUAUUCCAAAAUAAUCAUAUAGCUUUUCCAAGACUUGUAUGAUGACAUACCUUAAUUUUAAAGAUAGCUCUUCCAGUUAAAAAGUAAGAGCUUACUAUUGAAAUCUUUCAAAGACUGCGUAAGUGUACACCUCAGGAUAGUUUUGCCAAAUGUAUUAUCAGUUUUAAUAUUUUCCUCUUUCAAAAAGAAUAACUGUUCAUCCUUUGUACAGGUUCUUUUAGCAAAUAUGAUUCUGAGAAAUCCAAAAUGUAAUCUUUGUCAUUAUUGAUUGUCAAAUGCAAAAUAGAUUUCAAUAAAUGACUUAUCAGUAAUAAAGUAGCAGACUGGA